GUCGGCGGAAGAUGGCGGACGGCGAAAGGAGCUGGUACCUGUGCAAGUUGUUGAGGUUUUUUUAUUCAUUAUUCUUCCCUGGGCUAAUUGUAUGUGGAACUUUAUGUGUGUGUUUGGUCAUUGUCCUUUGGGGAAUCAGACUGCUGCUACAGAGAAAGAAAAAAUUAGUGUCAACUAGCAAAAAUGGGAAAAAUCAAAUGGUGAUUGCAUUUUUUCAUCCAUACUGCAAUGCUGGUGGAGGAGGAGAAAGAGUUUUAUGGUGUGCUUUAAGAGCCCUGCAGAAAAAACAUUUCUGGAUAUUCCCUUACAUGAGAAAAAGAUGACUCCAGGACAUUUGCUGGUUUCUGUUGGCCAGUUUAGGCCGGAAAAGAAUCAUCCAUUGCAGAUCAGAGCCUUUGCUAAAUUGCUGAAUAAGAAGAUGGUUGAGUCAUCUCCUUCUCUUAAACUUGUCCUCAUUGGAGGUUGUCGUAACAAAGAUGAUGAACUUAGGGUAAACCAACUGAGAAGGCUCUCUGAGGAUUUAGGAGUUCAAGAAUAUGUGGAAUUUAAAAUAAACAUUCCAUUUGAUGAAUUAAAGAAUUAUUUGUCUGAAGCAACAAUUGGUCUGCAUACCAUGUGGAACGAGCAUUUUGGGAUUGGAGUUGUGGAGUGUAUGGCAGCUGGCACAAUUAUCCUUGCACACAAUUCAGGGGGCCCAAAGCUUGACAUUGUCGUUCCUCACGAAGGAGAUAUAACUGGCUUUCUGGCUGAGAGUGAAGAAGACUAUGCUGAAACUAUAGCUCACAUUCUUUCCAUGUCUGCAGAAAAGAGACUCCAAAUCAGAAAAAGUGCUCGUGCAUCUGUAAGCAGAUUCUCUGAUCAGGAAUUUGAAGUGACAUUCCUAUCAUCUGUGGAAAAGUUAUUUAAGUAAUGCCAUAUCUGGAAAAUUAAAGAUAUUUUAUAUAAACUGGUUAAACACCUUCAUAUGUAAAUAUUUUUCUAAAUUCAAUCUCAUUUGUCAAAUCAUUUUACUUUAGAAAACAGACAAGAAAAUUUCCUUUUAGAAUAAAAGGAAGUGUUGAAAAGAAAAUGGAUGACUAGCCUUCAGCUUCCAUUCUUGGUACACAUGAGAGAAGCUGGCUGCUAAGAUGAAUGUGAACCGGGUUGCGGAGAGCCUUCUGGCUUUGAGCCAACAGGAAGAAUUAGUGGAUUUGCCAAAAAACUGCCCCUUGAGUGAGAAUGAAGAUGAGGGGGACAGUGAUGGAGAGAGAAAGCAUCAAAAGCUUCUGGAAGCAAUCAGUUCCCUUGAUGGAAAGAAUAGGCGGAAAUUGGCUGAGAGGUCUGAGGCUAGUCUGAAAGUGUCAGAGUUCAAUGUCAGUUCUGAAGGAUCAGGAGAAAAGCUGGUCCUUGCAGAUCUCCUUGAGCCUGUUAAAACUUCUUCUUUGGCCACUGUGAAAAAGCAACUGAAUAGAGUCAAAUCAAAGAAGGUGGUGGAGUUACCUCUUAACAAAGAAAAGAUUGAACAGAUCCACAGAGAAGUAGCAUUCGGUAAAACCUCACAAGUCCUCUCUAAAUGGGACCCUAUCGUCCUGAAGAACCAGCAGGCAGAGCAGCUGGCUUUUCCCCUGGGGAAGGAGCAGCCAGCCAUUGCUCCCAUUGAACAUGCGCUCAGUGGCUGGAAGGCAAGAACUCCCCUGGAGCAGGAAAUUUUUAACCUCCUCUAUAAGAACAAGCAGCCAGUAACAGACCCUUUACUGACUCCCAUGGAAAAGGCCUCUCUCCGAGCCAUGAGCCUGGAAGAGGCAAAGAUGCACCGAGCAGAGCUUCAAAGGGCUCGGGCUCUGCAGUCCUACUAUGAGGCCAAGGCUCGAAGAGAGAAGAAAAUCAAAAGUAAAAAGUAUCACAAAGUCGUGAAGAAAGGAAAGGCCAGGAAAGCCUCAAAAGAGUUGGAGCAGCUGCAGAAGGUUAAUCCAACUGUGGCAUUGGAAGAACUGGAAAAAUUUGAAAAUGCCAGAAUGAUGGAAAGAAUGAGCCUUAAGCACCAAAACAGUGGGAAAUGGGCCAAGUCAAAGGCAAUUAUGGCAAAAUAUGACCUGGAGGCUCGCCAAGCUAUGCAGGAACAGUUGGCCAAGAACAAAGAACUGACACAGAAACUCCAGGUAGCCUCUGAGAUUGAGGAAGAGGAGGGAGGCACAGAAGAAGUGGAAGAACUCCUUGUCCCCCAUGUAGUGAAUGAAGUCCAGAUGAAUGUCGACGGACCGAAUCCCUGGAUGCUCAGAAGCUGCACCAGUGACACCAGAGAGGCUGCAACCCAGGAGGACCCUGAGCAACUGCCAGAGCCUGCGACCCAUGAGGUUUCUGAAAGUGAGGGAGAAAGACCAGUGGCAGAGGAAGAAAUUUUGUUGAGAGACUUUGAGGAGAGGCGAUCCCUUAGAAAAAGAUCUGAGCUCAACCAGGAUGCUGAGCCAGCAGGCAUUCAAGAAACAAAAGAUUCUAGCAGCCAGGAGGUGCUGUCUGAAUUGAGGGCACUAUCUCAGAAAUUGAAGGAAAACCAUCAGUCCAGGAAGCAAAAAGCAAGUUCAGAGGGGACUGUUCCCCAGGUCCAGAGAGAGGAACCUGCCCCAGAAGAAGAGGCGCCCCUGUUGCUACAGAGGCCAGAGAGAGUACAAACUCUGGAAGAGCUAGAAGAGCUGGGAAAAGAAGAUUGUUUUCAAAAUAAGGAGCUUCCCAGACCUGUGUUAGAAGGGCAGCAGUCAGAGAGGACCCCAAAUAAUCGGCCUGAUGCCCCUAAGGAGAAGAAAGAGAAGGAGCAACUGAUCGACGUACAGAACCUCCUAACCACACAGUCUCCUUCCGUGAGGUCUUUGGCAGUUCCCACAACAACAGAGGAGCUGGAAGAUGAAGAGGAGAGAGACCAAAGGCAGAUGAUAAAGGAAGCUUUUGCUGGGGAUGAUGUCAUCAGAAAUUUCUUGAAAGAGAAGAGAGAAGCUGUGGAGGCGAGUAAGUCAAAGGACGUGGACCUGACUCUACCUGGCUGGGGCGAGUGGGGUGGUGUGGGCCUAAAGCCUAGUACCAAGAAAAGACGCCAGUUUCUCAAAGCCCCUGAGGGUCCUCCAAGAAAAGAUAAGAAUUUGCCAAAUGUGAUUAUCAGUGAGAAGCGCAACAUCCACGCAGCAGCUCAUCAGGUACAAGUGCUUCCGUAUCCAUUUACCCACCAUCGGCAAUUUGAAAGGACCAUCCAGACCCCUGUAGGAUCCACAUGGAACACCCAGAGGGCUUUCCAAAAGCUGACUACUCCCAAGGUCGUCACCAAGCCAGGUCAUAUCAUUAAGCCCAUAAAAGCAGAGGAUGUGGGCUACCGGUCUUCCUCAAGGUCAGACCUGUCUGUCAUACAGUGGAAUCCAAAACGAAUCACCACACGUCACAAUAAAGAGUUGAAGAAAAACUCUGUAGAUUGAGUAGCUGGAAAAGUGACAACCAGGAGUUCUGAUUCCACUUCCUUUGGUCCAGUUUUACUCUGCUACAGGGUGGAUUCCAGAACUGGCUCAGCAUAUUGCAUGUAGUUGAGCCACAUUUUUAAAAAAAGAAAAUGGAUGACCAUUAAUUGACUAGCAUUUUAGAAUUGAUCAGACAUUAGAACACAGAAAAAUGCUGGUACAUUUACAUUCUAAACAAUACAGUGGAUGACCCUUUUGAAUAUACCUAAUGAUUUCCUUAAAAAAGAAAUUUUAAACAGACUUGUGUAAUCAUGUUCUCAAAGCAUACAGUCAAGAGGUGGGACUGACUGAUGCUUUAUAGGUGUGUGUAGGGCAGUAGAGGCCAAGGUGCUGCCAACAGUCCUUUCCAUACUAGGUACUGGUGAAAAUUGUUUUUGUUUAGUGCUAUCAGCACAUUUGUGUGGGUCUCAUUAUCGCUUGACAGUACCGCAUCUCAGCCUGGAAGUCAGGUUUAAGUCAUUCAAGAGAACCUCAAGUUGUUUUUCUGACAGUGAUGAUGUGGUAUACAGAUACAUCCACAGGGUAUUUAUUAUCUAUUACCAGCAUAAUGCAUUGUAAGAUGGCAAGGUGGCAUUUUGAAAAGAGCACUGGGCAAGCAGUUAGCAUAUCUGGGCCUACCUUCAGCUUCAUCAUUUACAAACUUCUGACCUUUUGACACUAAAACUGCUCCUUUAUCUUUCUGAGUCUCAGAUUCUUCAUCUGUAAUCUGAAGUUGUUAAUUCCAGUCCUUACUACCUUUUGGAGUUGGAAUAAUGAGAUGGAAAGUGGUUGAAAGUACUUUGAAAAUUAGGACAGUUAAGGGCCGGGCGCAGUGGCUCACGCCUGUAAUCCCAACACCUUGGGAGGCCAAGGCAGGUGGAUCAUGAGGUCAGCAGUUAGAGACCAGCCUGAACAACAUGGUGAAACCCUGUAUGGACUAAAAAUACAAAAAAAAUAGCUGGAUCUGGUGGCGGGUGCCUGUAAUCCCAGCUACUUGAGAGGCUGAGGCAAGAGAAUCACUUGAAACCAGGAGGCAGAGGUUGCAGUAAGCCAAGAUUGUGCCACUGUACUCUAGUCUGGGCAAUAAGCAAAACUCUGUCUCAAAAAAAAAAAAAAUUAUGACAGUUACUUAAAGGGAGCAUUACAUACUAAAUGUCUUCGAUAAUCCAAUCUUUAUUAAUGCAUUACAACUCAAUGUAGAUUCUUAGUUACUAGGCCAGUAGCUAGGAAUUGGUAUAAAUUUAAUGCACCUUCUAUCCUGAAUAACUAGCAUGGAAAAUUGAAUAUAUGUGUGAGCAGAUACGGCUGUAAAAACCUAUAGCUUUUGCAUUUUCUGCUUAUAUAAUCCUUUCUAGUUCAGUGAAUUGACCCCAUCCAUAGCCUGAUUCAUCUUUGUGUUAAGGGGCAAAUGAAAGGGUACAUUAUUCCUUUGCACUCUUCUCUCAGUCACUCAUCAAUGUGGCCAGCUUAUCUACUCCCAGUUAUGUUAUUCAUACGUCUCCAGGCCAUCUGUCAUCAGAUCAAAAAGCAAACAGAGGACCAGUCACAGGAUGUUCUGACACACCAUUGUAACUUUGUGUUAGAGAUGAUUCCAUUUAGAAAAAGACAGGUAGAAAUUGGAGUGAAAGGAACCCUACAGAUUAGCCCAGUUCUCUCUUAUUUUCAGCUUUACAGACCAGAACAAUUUAAAUCUAAAGAAUUUAGUAGACUCCUUCAGUGUCACAAAGCUGUUCCAUGAAAGAAUCAAGAUUAUAACCUGGAUAUUCUGACUCCUGGCCCAGUGCUUUUUCUUACUUUGUAGCUACACUUUGAAAUAAGAUUCAAACUGUUACCCACUCAACUGCCUUAUUCCUGAGGAGGUAGUGAAGGAAGAAAAAGUUUUCUGGGAUUCCAUAAACUAUAAGCUUAUUUCUUUAAAAUUAUUUUCAUACAUCACAGAUAUGUCAUUGGAAGAUAUAAUUUGCAUAUGAUGAUUAUCAGUGUUCGUAAUGUGGUAUAUGUCUUCUAUUUUUUUCUGAAUGAUAGCAUGAAAAGUGUCAAAGUGGCUUGUCUGCUAGCAUCUGUCUGCAGAACUUUCAGGAUGACUGUUCCUCUCAGACAUCAUUUUUGAGUGGUCCAAGCCUGCUAUGUUUUGAACCCACAGCAGUGGAGAUUUGUAUUCUUAUUUACAGUUGUGUACUAUAAAGUAUGUGUUACAUAGGUUUUGUGUAAUUAUUAUUUGUAAAUAUGAUUUAAUUUGUAUUUAGACAUGAUUUAGAUCUAAUAGAUACAAAGUCUGUGUCUAAACACUGUUUAAAGAAGUGAUUUUUCAUUCUCUUGGAUUCUUUCCUUUUAUAUGCCUCACAUAGUCUCCUUGUUCUACUAAUAUUCCCAAGCUUCAUAUGCCAAU